AUGGUGGCCAACUCCUCAAGUGGCGGCGGAGCUAGUAGUUCCAAGAGAGAUGAUGUGCAGGAUCUCCUUGAGAAACUGCAGAUCAGAGAUGAAGACUUUGAUGAUGUGGUUCUUGAUGACGAAGAAGAAGAUCAGGCACUGGUCCUGCAGUGGCUUGCCCUUGCUAGGGUGAGCUCCGCGAGGUCCUACAGCAAGGGGGUGUUCGAGAGGGACAUGCGUUCUGCAUGGGCCCUGGCCAAGGGCGUCGACAUCGGCGACAUGGGGGAGAACCUCUUCCUGCUACGGUUCGCCUGUCUUGGCGACUGGCAACACAUGAUGGAAGAUGGCCCGUGGCACUUCCGCAAGAUGGCGGUGAUCAUCGCCGAAUAUGAUGGGAUCUCCAAGCCUUCCAUAGUGGCCUUAGAUCAACUCCCGAUCUGCCUCCAAAUCCACGAUCUCCCUCCCAACUAUCGCACUGAGAAGCUUGUUCGGGCCCUGGCCGGCAAGGUUGGCGAGGUGCUGAAGCUCGACGAUGCUGCUGUCCCGCGUGGCAACUUUGUGCGGAUCAAGGUGAAUAUACGAGUGGAUCAGCCCCUAAGGCAACUCUCCUCGGUGAUUAAAGGAAAAAGCAGGCAAGUGUAUAAGAAUCGCUUUGAGAAGCUCCCUCGGUUCUGUGCCGUUUGCGGCCUCCUUGGACAUAGUCACCUUGAAUGUGGCAAUGGGGUACAUGCACCAGAAGACCUUGUGUUUGAAGAUUGGCUUCGUGCGGAUCCAGUAUGGCGCCCGCGUCCUAGCUCCCCGAGGGGACGUGGAGGUGGGCGGUCGCUUGAGUGUGAUUCUUAUUACGCCCCCAACACCUAUGAUGCAGAGGAUGACGAGGACAUGGACCUUGAUCCCGUUGCUGCCCGAGAUAGUUCUGCGAAGAAGCGGCUUGCCUUAGAUGGAUGCAAACUAUAG